UGGCGCCCUGUCGCUUCAAGAACCACCCUCAUAUCCCAUAAUUCCUUUUAACAAACAGGAAGUGCUUCGACAGACGCGUUAGCUUAAACAUGUCUUUCAAAAGAGAAGGUGAUGAUAAUUGUCAACUAAAUGUCUUGAAGAAACGGCGUGUAGCGGACUUGUUGGCCAACUAUAUUCCCGAAGACGAAGCUACUUUGAUGAAAAAUGGAAGGUAUAGCUGUUUGGUGUGUUCACAUCGCCCUGUUUUUGACACAGUCGAUAUGCUGACAGUGCACAGAAAAGGGAAGCGGCAUCUCGAAGGUCUAAAAUGGUUUUAUGGCAAAAAAGCUCAGCUACAAAGUGAAAUUGAUAAGAGGCGACAUCAAGAAUAUGUUAAUGAAGGAGAUGAUCGGCAGGAAACAGGCAGCUCUGCACCAUUGCUAACACAGACACAGAAAAUUGCGCAUCAUGCCUUGCUGAGAACUACACCUUAUAACAGCUGUCAUAAAAAGGCCAGUGAAAGAUCUGAAAAGCCAGCACCUCCAGACUGCAGCAGAAACCACGUUGUUGAUCAGAACAUUAUUCCCACACCUAAGAGCACAAUCUACACAGAUAACACACCUGCUCCUGCAGAUGCAAGCCAGUACCAGAUUGAGACACAAAUGAAAAAAAAGAAAAGGAAAGCUGAUAACCCGUCUACCUCUGAGCCCAUCACAGAACAGAGAUGCAGAGAACUAGAACACUACCUCAAAUUAAAGAGUAAUGGUUGGCUACAGGACCCCAGUGGGAAAUGGGUAAAAGAUGAAAAUGUGGAGUUUGACUCAGAUGAGGAAGAACCACUUCCACUGCUUCCUGAGAAUGAGACUACAUAGAAUAUGCUCAGAAGUUCUGGUCAAACAACAUGCUUUCUGGACUUCCUGCUUCCUCAAAAAGACUUGCUUUUUGUGUUAAAAUUACACACACAGGGAAAAAAAGCAAAAAAAGGAGCUAGAAACUGCUGCCCAGUGAGGAAGUUCACCCCACAAAGCAGAGUUUCUUUUUUCAACAUGUCAAGAAUGUGUCUUGGUGUCUUGCUAAAAAGACUCUUGUGCCAUAUUGGUUACUUUGUAAUAAAAAGAUAAAACUGAGACUAAAGA